ACUGCUGAAUGUUUGUAUUCUAACAUAAUUAUCUGUGAUAAGACUAAUUGUGUGAAUUUAGGAAUAUUAGUAUGUCAAUCCUUAGAGUACAUUUUGACUUUGCAGUGAUUGGGAUCUGAUUGCUUACUCACUGUGUCUUUGUUGAAUGCAGAUUAUUUUAACUAACUGUAACCUAAAUGGUGAAAACAAGGAUAGUGAGGAAAUACUAAACUCAAGUGACUUAUCACUUUGUUUUUUCUAGUUUACUACUGAUUGUGAAUUAUAAUUUGGCUAUAAAUAUACAUUGUUACCCUGCGACAGACUGGCGACCUGUCCAGGGUGACCCCGCCUCUCGCCCGGAACGAUAGGUGGAGAUGGGCACCAGCAUCCCUCCCGACCCCACUAAGGGACAAGGGUGUAAAGAAAAUGGAUGGAUGGAUAAACAUUAUCUGCGUAACGACCGAAUUACUAAUUAUAACUGUCAACUUGACUUUUUUCACAACACAUUUGAGAAACUCCUAUGACUCUGACCCGCUCAAGAAUUUGUUGCCACAUGGACGUUUUGUUCUUUCUGUCCGUCUUACAACACAGAUAUGAUGUUACAAAAUGUGAGGACAUUAGACAUGGCAGCUACAUUGCUGACGUUUUGCAAUGAUGUUCUUUGGUUGGUCAAAAAUGGAAAUGAACAGCAAUCAUAUGCUUACUCAACUUCUGUUUCCUCACAUUUUGUCUCAACCUGAUCGGUUUCCUCAAAUUUCAUAUGGCUCGACAUCAAAAGAAAUGUUAAUUUCAUAAAGUAGAAACAAAUAUGCAUUUUAAUCUUUACAUUUCCUUUAUAAUGCAGAGAUUCAUCUGCAAUGUUUAGGACUGAAAAGGAAAAGACAAACAUUGUAUGCAUUACUAUAUGAAUAUGCAAUUACGUUUUUUUAAAUUAUUAUUACAUCAGGAUUAUCUGAAUAGAUUUAAACGAGAGCUCAGGUUAUAUGAGGAAUCAAAUAUGACAUAAAACUAUGAACAAAUAGUAUACAUCAGACUGUCAAUUAGAUAUCAUAUUUUUGAAUAAUGCCUUAUAAUCCUAUGAUCAGAUUUAAUAAAUGAAGAUCAUGAAGGUUAAAACUGAAUAAGCCAUUGAGUUUAAGAACUCAAUGGCUUAUUGAGCCAUUGAGUUUAAGAUGGAACCAUCUCAAAGUUCAAAUCAUUUGACUUAAAAAAAAAUCUUCAAGUCAAAUGAGUGAGAGUGAAGCUCAUCUUAAGCCACGUUUAGGAAUCUAAAUGGAUUUCUAUUAGCGGCUGUGUGGAUCAGUGUCUCCCUCUAGUGGACACAGAAUAGAUAAAGCUAACAUUGGUCAGCCAGCAGGUCAAAAGGACAGGGAGGGAGACACGUGAGGUCGUGACUUUAUUAAAUCACAAUCUUUACUUUUUUUUAACAGUUCACUGGAGAUUUUAUUGACCUGUGAGGAUGAGAGAUGCUCUUCCUCCCUGAUCAAUUCUUUGUAAGACUUGAAAUAUAUUUAAAGUACAAAAAAAGAUGAACAUACAAAUCAUACCAAACAGCCCACAUUGUUCAUAUUUUCCACAGAAGAACUGACGUUGUGAUCUUUUUGGUAGUGGCUCUUUGUCCAUGUUAAGGAAUUUGAAGUCUAGUAGUUAAAUCCUGCUGAAGCACACAUCCCGCUCUGCAGACGGUGCAGCGGGCAGCUGUGGCCUGUCAGCAGAUGAGUAGCUAUAACCCUUCUAAAAACAUGUCCAGUAGCCACAUGUCUUUUACGUAUGUUACAUAAACAUCUCCGCAGAGACAUUUCCUAAAAGAAGAAAAACAGUGAAAAACAGUGAAAACCAGUAAACCGUGCAUGUCUUACUUUGCAUAACCACAGAGUUGCGCUGCUGGAUACUGAACAUUCUGUACUCUGUCUCAAUGCUGUGGUUCAACAAAUCAGCUGAAUCAGUCUUCUUUCUCCACAUUUUAACUCUCCGAGUCUUUUGCCAGUCUAUUUUAUCGUAAGAAGGUGUUUAGCUGAAAGGUAAUUGUAACUCAAAAAGUGUCCCAAUAUGAUAAAAAGGAAGCAGGGGAAGGAAGAUGUUCCACUUCUGCUUUCCACUGACCAAAAAAAGAAAGAAAAAAAAACACCCCAGGGAUAUACAAAGUGAGCUCUUUCUCCUGUCCUCAUACUGUACUCUACAAUUUCAUGAUUUACUGGCUGAUUUAAACUAUGGGAAGGUGGAUCAUCAUUAUUCUGGGAUUAAUUCCAGGUGUCUGGAGUGGAACAUGGGGGGUGACCUAUGAAAACCAGUGCGCUUUAAGAGGGACGUCAGUAGAUUUGAAGUGCGAGUACGGCUAUACUUUGGGGAAUAUCGUCACCCGGGUCAGCUGGUUUAAAGCCCAACAGGUCUCUAACGGAUUGACUCGGGUUCCCCUCUCACAGCUCCCUUCGCCGCCAAACCAUUUUAAAUACAUCGGUGAUUACCGCGGCAACUGCAACCUGAGGAUCAAUAAUGUCCAGCCUUCGGAUCAAGGAGCGUAUUAUUUCAAUUUUGCCGCAACACUUGGGAGCUGGGAAAGUGACACAUACGCUUUCUUGUCUGUGAGAGAGCUGACCACAGUGGUGGAGCCGAGCGUUGCCAGGGAGGGGGACGCUGUCAGGCUGAAAUGCAAGUCGGGCUGUCCUGAAACUAGAAAGAUCAACUGGUUCAAAGAUGGGCGACUUGUUCAGAGGUCACAGUUCCAGGCCAACAGAGAGGAUGCUGGGAGCUAUUUCUGCGCCAUCCAGGGAGAGGAGACGGUCCGGUCGGCCUCUGUUGAUCUGAGUGUUCACUAUGCUCCUACGGACGUAACGCUGUCAGUGAGUCCAUCUGGAGACGUCGUCAGAGGAAGCCUGGUUACCUUGACCUGCAGUGGCAGGGCCAACCCUCCGGUGGCUCGGAGCGGAUAUCGUCUCUACAAGGACGCAGCGUAUGUGAGUUCGGGGCAGAGCCAUGUCAUCUCGGACGUCCAGCCCAGACACAGGGGGCGGUACCACUGCCAAGCCUGGAACAACAUCAGCAGGAGCGGCAGCGACCUGAUCAACUCAUCGGCGGUACACCUGGACGUCCGGUAUCAGCCGAUGAAUGUUUCAGUUUCAGUGAGUCCAGAGCAUAUUGUUGAGGGCAGCGGUGUCAAUCUGACCUGCAUUAGCGAUGCUAACCCUGCAGCAGAGAACUACACCUGGUACAAAAGGACAGAACCGACCGGCUCCCACUUCCUGGUCCAUGUGGGCUCAGAACAGGUGCUGUCCCUUCCCUCCAUGGAGGCAUCCCACAGCGGCCUCUAUGUCUGCUACGUGAGGAACAGCCUCGGAGAGGGCAACUCAACCGAGGUGGUCCUGGCCAUGGCAGCAGGGCAGCAUGGCAGCCAGUCCCUUCCCAUCUUAGCUGGAGUCGGACUACUUCUUAUUGCGGCGUUAGUUGCCGUGCUGCUUUUGUUCUGGAGGAAACAGAGGUCUGAGGUGGAUAAAAAAGUGAGUGCAUCUGCAGUAAGCUGUGAAAUAACAUCCUCGUUUUCCGAAUUCAAAGAAACUCAUUUAGUCUCCAGAAUCCAUGGAGGAGCAUCAAACCCUGAAGAACCAACAGAAACAGUUUAUUCCAACAUUCACGUGCCUCCAACUUCUCCUCCACCUGCCUUUGACCCCUACAGCUUUCCAGCUUCACGCGGGAAAAAUACUCCUAAAUCUUCUGAGGCAGAGAUUAUCUACACCACAGUGACAGUCAAACCCAGAGACUGGAGCGCAGCACAACACAAAAACUCCGGGUCUAAAGGCAGAGAAGAUGGCGGCUCUGUGAUCUACUCCUCGGUCGUCAAAUCCAGCAGAUGAUUUUGUCUCCUGACAACAUCUUCGUUUUAAAAUACACACUCAACACGUUUCAGGAGAAAGAGACAUUAAAAGCUAAAGAAUUCAGAAUUUUUGUGAAAUAUAGUUUUUAUUUAUUUCUUUUAAUAUUAAAUGUUGCGAUUACAAAAACAGUUGCUUGUAUUAAAACUAUAUUGUGAUUUAAAUGUUUUAUGUCAUUUUUGGACAGCAUGAACCACAUCAUGUCCGUGUUCUGCACAACGGUAAAUAUUGCAUUUGAAAAUAAAUAAUAUUUAUUAUGA